UUGACCCCGGUGGAGGAGCUGUUAAUAAACAUAAAUUCAGGGCGCCCUGGCAUGGAGGGGGUACCUGGAGGUAGCCCAUGGAAAGCCAAGAAGGCCACAAUCCGACCAGAGAGUUCUGUACCCUCCUCAUCGACCAAAUACAGAACUUCUUUAUAUCUGAAGGUCCUGAGGGCAACAAAACCCUGGCCCUGAACAGUGUUGCAUUGCAGAAAGGACAGUACAGGCUGGUGGGGAAGAUGAUUGCCCUCUGCCUGGUGCAGGGGCAGGUCUCUCCGAGAUUCCUAUCACAGCGCCUCUACAGACAGGUUUGUAAGCUGUCCCCUCUUCCUGCCACUUUGGAAGAGGUGACAGAUUACAAUUUGAGGACCAAGCUCCAAAAGAUUGCAGAUGCCACACAUGUGGAAGGUGCCAGGGAGGCUAUGGAGGAGGCCACAGACGAGCUCUCCCUCAUGGGCUCCUUCUCCUUUGUGCGGAGCCUCCCGCAUAGGGAUGAGCUGCUGGGGGCAGCCCUCAACUUCCUCACAGAGGGCCGUAUUUUGACUGCUCUCAAUCAAUUCAAAGAAGGGUUGGAGACCUUCGGGAUUCUAGCUCUUUUGAGGAUCCACCAUGAGGAGCUCAAGGGGGUCUUCAUGGACACACCUGAGCCGCUGCUGGCCUCCCGGUUGGAGUCCACAUUCAUGACGUCCUACCUGUCUGAGCCGGGCUCCAAUCGGAGGAGGAAGGAGGCCAGGACCCUUAUAUAUUGGAGGGACUGGCUGAUCGAGGUGGAGGGUAAGGAAGUGUUUCUAUCUACAACCCUUAUCUAUCUAAUUGUUCUUUGUUAAUAUAUGCUUAUUCUGAAUUUGAUGCACAAUUCAAAACAGGGGACCACCAAAGAGGAAAGCUGUAGAAUGCUCAAAAAACAACAAUGUUCAACUGUUUCAACAUUAGUAACUGGUAACAGGUGAUAUU